AUGCUUCUUCGUCAUCGUGGAUGGGAACAAAUAGUUAAAAUAAAAACAAAACGUUUAACAGCUAUUUCCAUUCUCCGAUGGACACUUCUUCGUCAUGUAACUCAAUCACUUGAUCAAAUAAAUGAUGAAGAUAUAAAAAAGAAUAUUCUUUGGGAAGAAAUGUACUGGUUAAAUCAAUAUUGGGCUCAACCUGUACCAAAAUCACGUAUAGCUGAAAAAUAUUGGCAAAGACUUUUCAUUAUUAAAUCACUUGAUACUAGACGUAAUCUUUAUGAGUAAGUUAAAUCAAUAAAAUAAUUCUUUU